CUCAAAAAGCACUUUGUCCUCCUUUCAGCUGCGGGAACAAAAACCCUACCCCGGGGCCACCCCGGGAAAAAAGAGAUCUGCUGUGUAAUGUCGCCGUGAGGGUCGAAAUGCCUUCAGUCACGUGAUCAAACUCAACUCGACGAGGAACCCGAGUGUUUACAUCACCUUGAAGACAAUUUUAGAAGACGUGAACAUUUCGAGAGUUUAGAUCGUCGGGGUUCUUAGAUUUUAUGCUGGAAGUGAUGUCGGCAAAGUGUCGUAGAUGACCAAAAUUUAUGCAAAGCGUCCAUAAACUGUGACUAUGCCGAACAUGCAUGGAUGGGAAUCGUGAGCCAUGACUCAAAGAAAAUCGGAUAUGGAAUGUUGUAGCUAUAACAAAGUGAUUGGUGUAUAAUGCUUUUUACGCCGUUGAACUUGGUGGAAUGCCGUUGUUUAAAAGGGAAUUAUAUUAAUUCCUACUCUGAAAGAGAUAUUUAGUACUUAUUGUGACAUUUCCGUGGUAAACGAAGACUUACAAAAGUUUACUUCUCAUCUUAAUGGCUCCUCUACAGUGGUACAGCUUGGUUUGGUUCGUGCUAUGUUCGUGCCUGCCAACUUCACAGCCAAAAUGCGGUGGAAGAACUGUUUUAACCGAUUUACAGGGAACUAUUCAGGAUGGACCGUCUAAAUAUCCAGCCAACACGUUAUGUGAAUGGCUCAUUAGAGGUCCAUAUCCCAAUAUUACUAUUACAUUAGAAUUUAAAGAAUUUAUCACAGAAUGUUCUUAUGACUAUGUGUUCAUCCACGAUGGUGACUCGUACCUUUCUCCUCUCAUUGGAGCCGUCAGUGGAAAGAAUUUGGUUCAAACAGUUGUGGCCCACUCAGGACAGAUGUUGAUCAAUCUUUACAGUGACCUCAACUACACCCUUGAAGGUUUUGAUGCUAACUACACAAUAGAGAAUUGUACCCAGGGAUGUUCUGGUCACGGCACUUGUAAGGAUGGCUUCUGCCAGUGUGAUGAUUUUAGGCGGGGCAAGGCAUGUGACUUAGAAGCAUGUCCAUUACACUGUUUGGUAGGAGAAGGACGGGGUGAUUGCAAUGCAUCCCACGGCCAUUGUGUGUGUAACCCUGGCUUCAUAGGAGAGUCUUGUUCUCUUUCUACACUGACUGAUUCCAAAUCCAAUAACUGGUUCACAAUUUCAUCGACAUCAUCUGUUUUUAGCCCCAGAACAGCACAUUCAGUUGUUUAUGUUGAGAAAAGUGAUACAUUACUUGCAUUUGGAGGUUACUCUUUAAAUAAAGUGUUGGAUGAUUUGCUGCAGUUUGAUUUUACUACUAGUCUGUGGAGUGAGGUUCAUGCCGGAUCUCCUAAACCUGUUGGGCGUUUUUCUCAUACUGCAAACCUGUAUCUUGAUGCCAUGGUGGUGUUUGGCGGAGAAUUACAGGAUGGCAACCUCAGCAAUGGUCUUUGGCUCUAUAACUUAACUCUCAACAAAUGGACAGAGCUUGCUGUAAAUGAUAUUGUUAAACCACCUCCUCUUGCUGAACACAGCGCCACUGUGGUGGACGAUAUACUUUAUAUUUUUGGUGGUCGCACCAGUAGUGACCCGUUUUCUUCGGACAUGUACUCAUAUUCAUUAUCAAGUCAAACUGGUUGGAGGAAGAUUUUAUACCACAGUGGGAAUGAACUGCAUUUGCGUAUGUUGGGACAUACAGCAGUUUAUUAUGCUGAUCUGCAUUCUCUUGUUGUCUUUGGUGGAUAUGUUCCUUACAGCGCAAGGAGAAGUGAUCACUCUAACAGACUUCUUGCAUUUCAUCUUGAUCAUCAAGUGUGGACCGAACUCUCUGUCGCAGGAGAUAUUCCCAGAGGUCGUUCAUUUCACUCUGCAGUUUUGGUUGGCGACUACUUAGUUAUUUAUGGUGGAAAUGUCCAUAUACAUAGAAAAGAAGAAAUAUGUCAUGACAACAAGCUUUUGUUCUACCAUCUGAAAUGCCACAAGUGGAUUUCACCAUCAACAUUUGAUGCUCUGUCUCCUUCCCCCGGCAAUCUACAGCAAGGAAGGUUCUCUCACAGAGCUGUACUGCGGAAUGGAUCAGUCAUGCUUGUUGUGGGAGGAUUUAGUGGGUUGCCAUUGGGUGAUGUCUUAGGUUUUAAAUUGCCUAUCGCCAUUGCAGAAAAGAGUUCUUCAGGGGGGCACUGUGAAGGUUACAGUACUGAGAAGAGCUGCAUAGAAGACCCAGAAUGUGGGUGGUGUAGUAAAUCAUCCAAGUGUCUCAGCUUAGAUCAAUCAGCAAGUUGCAGUGCAACUCUCUCGACAAGUUCCUGUCCUGGACCAUGUGCUGUGCAUGUGCAAUGCAGUGCUUGUUUAUUAGUUGGCGGUGCAAAAUGCGGGUGGUGUGUCGAGGACAGCAGAUGUUACCCGAGAGAUUCACGGACAGGUGCCUGUCAAACUGUCACUAACAGUAAUGUGGAGACAAUCCGAGGCUGGUGGGGUGAUACAGGACAUUUUCUUACAUCACCAAAUGAGUGUCAAACCAGGGAUUAUCCACCAGGAAUCACUGUUAUUGAGAAUGUUGAAUAUCCAAACAGUUCUUUUCCUGAUGGUGUCAGGAUUGUCUUACAAUCAGAAGUUGAAAUUUUCCGUGAGGGGGUAUUAGACAAAGUGCGCGUGACUCAGCUGAAGGGAUUUGUAUAUCCCUUUAGGUACCAGCCAGUGCCGUGGAAGUCUUACAAAUUGUAUCUUGAGCUUAACAAUGCCGGAAACAGUAACGUUUCAUUGUGGCUCAGCACUGAUGAUACAGAGGCAAAUAGUGAGUUGGUGGCUCACUGUAAUUCUCAGUCAUGCUUGGAAAGAGCCAUGCGUAGCAAUAAUCAGCCCCUCUUCCCAUCUCCGUCAGAAAGCAAGAGAUAUUAUAUCAGAGUAGACAUCGACAAGCAGAUUGGAUUUGGGGACUCCACAAAUUCUGACUUAAGUAUCGAAUGGAAUCGAAAUGCUACACCUUACGAUUCAGUGCCUUUGACUGCACAGUUCCUCCAACCUUUUGCUAGUUCAGAUUGUUCUGUGUACACGACGUGCCUCGCUUGCAUGACUGAUGCAUCUUGUGGUUGGUGCAUGACGUCAUGUAUGUCACGAAAUACUCCAACUGGGUCAUGUCAGGACAGUGACGGAAAUACAAGAUAUUUGACUUUGAAUGCAACUGCGUGCACAUUAUGUUCAGACCAUGUGGACUGUCACUCUUGUGUUCAGAGUGGUGACUGUGACUGGGGCAUAGCCAGUCCUAUUCUUGGCUGUUAUCGUAAAGGACGGCCAUUAGACAGUGUAAUUCAGAAUUGCGGUAGCCCUUGUUCAAGCCGCAAAACCUGUAAUAGUUGUUUAAGUGACAAAGUUGGAUGUGCUUGGUGUGACAAAACACAGAGCUGUUUUGUAUUUGGAACAUACAGGUCACGGUAUCCUUUUGGGCAAAACAGCCGCAAAACCUGUAAUAGUUGUUUAAGUGACAAAGUUGGAUGUGCUUGGUGUGACAAAACACAGAGCUGUUUUGUAUUUGGAACAUACAGGUCACGGUAUCCUUUUGGGCAGUGUUCUCACUGGAUUGACAGUACCAAGGAGGGACAAUGCCUGAAUUGUAGCAAGCAUACAAAUUGUAAAAGUUGUUUGGCAGACGUCAGAUGUGGCUGGUGUGGAAAUGAUUAUGACCCACGUAUUGGAAGAUGUUAUGCAGGGGAUUUCAACUCACCUUACAGUGGACAGUGUGCAGAUAUAUUUCCAACAAAUGGAAGCACUGUUUGGUCGUAUCCAGAGUGUCCAGAUGUGGACGAGUGUAAGUUAGGCAUUGCUCAGUGCCACCAUAAUGCAACUUGUGUCAACAUGCCCAACUCGUUUAACUGCAUCUGCAACAGAGGGUUCACUGGUGAUGGUACAGUAGCUUGUAACAAAACAUGCUAUCAUGACUGUGGUGAUCAUGGUGUUUGUGGAGCUGACUUCGUUUGUGAUUGUAAUCUUGGUUGGUUGGGUGAAAACUGCAGUAUUGAUUGUGGCUGUAAUGGACACAGUGACUGUUCAAAGGGCAUUGGUAUUUGUGACAAGUGUCAAGAUUAUACUCGAGGUAUGCACUGUGAAUUUUGCAUUCCUGGAACGUUUGGUAAUGCAACCACUGCUGAAGGUUGUAAACCUUGUCAGUGCAAUGGUCACGGUGAUCCAGAGCAGGACUUUUGUGACAUGGUGACAGGGAAGUGCUUCUGUGCUGACGACACCAUGGGGGACAAUUGUGAAAAAUGUAAGCCAGGACUCAAAGGAGAUCCCAAAAAUGGUGGCUUGUGUUUCCAUGAGUGUGAUACUCGAAGUAUCCUUACUGACGUCACUCAAGGUUUCAUUUCAACACAGCUGGGUGCAGGGGUCACGAUCAAAGCAACAGCCAGUUGUCUGUGGCUGAUUUCCUCAUUAAGUAACAGCAGUCAUGGUGUGGUUUAUGGUCCUUCUCCACCGUUGGAGAGCAGAGGACAGAUAACUCUCACUUUUAAGGAGCUGCGCAUCAGCUGCUUGACGGAUCACGUCGAUGUGUAUGACGGUUUGCCGCCAUUCAUACUGGGCGACUCGUCACCAGUCCGGUCGUUUUACAAGCUUGGCUCGUUCUGCGGCUGGGAUGGAGCUGAACUGAAAUCCGUAACAGCCACACUAGGGAACAUGGUAGUUCUUAUCACAGCUAACUUAAGUUCUGAUGCACUGUCGAAGAGUUUCAGUGCAAAGUUCAGUGUGAAGAAAUGCCCCGGCCUCUGCGAUGGAAAUCAGAGAUGUGUCAUGUCGUCCCGUGGGGAGGAAUGUGUUUGCUUAGAGGGGUGGACUGGGGACAACUGUGACCAGCCGGUGUGUCCAAACAAUUGCAGUUUAUCACUGGGUCAGGGCCAGUGCAACCUUACUCUAGGUGGUUGUAUCUGCGCUGAUGGUUUCACCGGUCCAGACUGUAGUCAGGUCAUCACUCCCGGUACAGUCUUGUGGGAAGUCCUCAGUCAUGGACCUAGCCGUAACAUCAGCACUGAUUACUUGGCACGGAUGGGCCACACCAUGGUACAUGUUCCCGGAGUCUUACUGGCUUAUGCAGGUUACUCACUCACCCAUGGACUGUUGAAUGAUCUUCAGAGUUUUAAUCUGAGCUCCAGUACUUGGUCACUUGUAGAAGUUAAUCAGCUGGAAGGUAGAAUUCCUUCUGCUCGAUAUCUCCACUCUGCCGUGUUUUAUAUCGAUUCUAUGCUGAUAUACGGAGGGAUGACAGAGAAUGGCACUGAUGACUCUUUGUGGUCUUUUAACGUAACAUCACUUCGUUGGAGUAAGCUGAUCAGUAAAGGCCCCAAGGUAGCAGGUCACACUGCAACUCUCGUGGGUAACGAGAUGUAUAUUAUUGGGGGAUAUGAUCGGAUAUUGGGCUUCAGUGAAAGAUCUUACAAGUAUAAUAUUGACACUAAGGAGUGGACAAACUUGACCACCAGUGGACCUUCUCCCAAAGGUAUCUAUGGCCAUACAGCCGUGUAUUACCCCGCUAAAAGGAUUGUCUUGGUGUUUGGAGGAUACAGAUUUAGGGUUCACACCGUGAGCGCAUCGAAUGAAUUGUACUCUCUAGACCUGGCUACCGGCAAGUGGAAUAUUUUACAGGCUUUGCCCUCCAAUGAGCCACAACCAAAAUAUUUCCACUCAGCAGCCAUCUUGGACGAUUUGAUGGUCGUGUUUGGAGGAAGGAGUGAUACAAAUGAUCAGCUUUUCUCAGAUCAGUUCUUGGUGUAUAACGUUAAAUGCAACCACUGGCAAAUUUUAUCAGAUAACCGCUUACUGGGUAAUAAACCGGGAGGACGUUUAUCUACCGCAGCAGUGGAAAUCUCCAGAAAAAUUUACCUUUUUGGUGGAUUUGACGGUCAAACACGAGCAACCGUGUUCAGAUUGACCUUCCCCGCCGAUCUAUGUCGAAGUAUUAACUCCAAGGAGGACUGUACGGCUGUCAGAACCUGCAGCUGGUGUGAUGUGUACAAUGUCACGCAAGGUGGAAAUGAGACCUUAGCCACUAAUAAGAGUGCUUGUUUCUCCGUGACUUCACCAGUGCCUGCCAUCUGUCACGCGGAACCAAAUGUCACGCAGGUUGUUUUCUACAAUGGUAAAGACUGCUCUGAGCCAUCUGAUCGCGCAUGCAGUACUUUCUCCUCGUGUAGCGCAUGCCUGGCCUCCUUGCCUUAUACAAGCCUCAAACCAAACUGUGUCUGGUGUGUUGGUUGCGAAGCGGGUGGCAAAUGUAUUAAAUCAUCCGAAAACUGCAAUGUGGGACAUCCGUGUGGUGAAACCAAACAAUCCCUGCUUCUAACCUCAGACAAGUGUCCUGCCAACAACUGCGAAGCUACAACUUGCUCGGCUUGCCUUGGUCUCGAUAGUAAAUGUUUAUGGACUCCACAGCUCAAGUGGAAAGCUGAAGCGUUGUGUUCCGUUUCCGACACCCCUUACAAGUACAAAUGGAACUGUUGGGGAAAUCUAGUGGACCAGGACAGCUUAAAUUUCACAGUCAUGAUCAAGACUUCAGACACUUGUCCUCAGCUAUGCGCAGCAAACAGGACUUGUUCCACUUGCCUCUCUUCACAUGGUGCUGAUGCAGGCUGGAAAGAAUGCGCGUGGAGUGAAACUCUUGGCCAGUGUUUUUCUCCUUCCUUUAUACCACUGGUGUGUCUGGGAGGAAGAUGCGGUCGGAUUAUUCGAGGAUCGUCAUCGAAUUGUUUGGACAGCUGUGUUGUUAAUGAUCGAUGCUCAAGCUGUAUGAGUAACUACAACUGUGGCUGGUGUGGCAAGCAGGGGAUUACUGGCGAGGGACAGUGUUUUGAGGGAGGAGUACAUGGUCCUUUGCUCGAGACUUGUGAAGGGAGGAACGCUACUAAUCACGUGUCUCGCGUGUGGGCCUCCACUCUGUGCCCCUUGGAGAACGAGUGCCUAAAUGGACGGCACAAUUGUGACAUGACUACCCAGGUUUGUGAGGACCGGCCAGAAUCAUUCGAGUGUAUUUGUAAACCAGGAUACAACGACACAGGACAUCCAGGGACCUGUGUUCCGCUCUGUUCGAAAGGUUGCCUCCAGGGACGCUGUGUCCUUCCUGAAGUCUGUGAGUGUUACUUCGGUUGGACGUCUCCUAACUGCUCUGUGAAAUGUCAGUGCAACGAACAUGGGCAGUGUGCCAACGAGACUCUCCUGGAUGUGUGUCACGACUGUCGCAACCACACAGUGGGUCAGAGCUGUGAGUUCUGUGAAGCUUUGUAUGUUGGAGAUGCAAGAAACAACGGUAGCUGCGAGUCGUGUUAUGACGUGUGUAGUCACAAAGCUAAUGUGUGUAUGAACUCGACCCAGCUGGAGUAUGGCCGCAAUCAGAACUUCUCUUUUGAACCUUCUGAGGUCAAGCUCUGGCUGCAGCAUGGUCCAUACAAGAUUGAGCGUGAAGGGGAGUGUUUGUGUAAAAACAACAGCAAAGGGCCCAAGUGUGGCUCCUGUGUUUCAGGCUUUUUCAACCUUGCCGACUCCUGCACUAGAUGUUUGUGUAACGGACACGCAGAUUCAUGUGAUGAGAAGGGGAUUUGUCAAUGUCUUAACAACACCAUGGAAGAUUGCCCAAGUACAUCAGACUGCUACAGAAAUCAGUGCAUUAAAUGCAAAGAAAAUUUUAUGGGAAAGCCAGCCGACAAUCGACAAUGCUACAGAAAGAUCAGCGUCGUGCAAGAGUUCGUAAUCGGCAGUCAUACCGCGGAUACUGAAGAUAAACAAGUCAGCCCUCUGCCACAUGGCCGCGCCAUCUUCUAUGCUAUCUACCCAAGAUUUACCAAUGUCGACAUCCGCAUGACGAUUGAUCUGUUCGCGGGCGCAGUGGAUGUGUACGUGGCCAAUGAAAACGACCAGUUCACUGUGAUAUUUAACGAAACCACUGCUCAACAUCAAGUCAAUGUUAAAUCUUUAGCUAGUGCCUCAAGAAGAAAACGGCGAGACGCAGAAGACGACAGCAACAACAGCGACAAUAUGGUGGACGAAGUGACAGCAUCAAAAGUCAAACUCAACACUUUCGUCUCGUACAAUGAAUAUCACAGGGCGCUUAUUGUUCGAGAUGUUCGGAAACGACUUAUUCUAACAUUUCCUUACGGAGAGCACCAACUCCGAGACACAAGAUUCUACUUAGUGUUUAUUGGUCGGGACACGUCUGGGAGUAGAGGCUUGGUGUAUUUCAGACAGGACCUGUCUCAAAUCGAUCUGUUUGUGUUCUUCUCUGUCUUCUUCUCCGCGUUCUUCCUCGUGGUGUCGGUGAGUGUGUUCGGCUGGAAAAUCAAACAGUAUCACACCCGCAGAAGAGUCAUUGAAGUUCGAGAACAUCAACUGGAAACCAUGAGGAGUAGGCCAUUUGCCACGUACUCGUUCCUUUGUCAGAUGAAAAGGCCUCAGCCGAGCUGCUGGCGCGUUAAGCGUGACACCGCGGCUGUCCUCUUGCGUGACUCCUCGUUGGCUAAAGACCACCAUCUUCGACUUAGGGACGUAGGACAGCGACCUGUCAUAGCCCCUGUGAGUCAAGAGCCUACUGCAGACGGACGCGCGUGCGUCACCACGGUAGUCUUUCAACUUCCGGGGAACGAGUGUUCAGAUUUUCAGCUUUUGCUGGGCUCUGCAUUAACUGUCGUCAAUCAUCAACGCCCGCUUGGUGGUGGUGAUCAUCACGCGCAGCAUGGACGUAAAUUGGUCCCAAGACGGACGGUCACGUUUACCAGUUAAUAAGGAAUAUACAAACUUGUAAAUAGUUCAACACAGCUGCCUCAUCCGCAGUCUUUAUUUGGUGCGUCGCACAACACUUCGAUAUAAAGCGUUGCGUGACGACCUAAAUGCAACGGCUGUGUGAGAAACUUCUGUCACGCACUUUCCGAAGUACUUUCAAUUCACGUACGUUAAGACUUGGCCUCGGAGCCUUUGUUAGACUAGUCAAAACUGUUUUAAAUUUCGAUAGAUUUCCGGUUCAAGAGAGCCAAAUAGUCAAAUAGCAGCAAAUAUAGAAAUUAGAGAUAGUGUUUUAAAACGUUUUUUUACGUCCAUUUUAUAUCGUUUGUCGGAACGAAAACCAAGUGGCUCCGGCGUUAAAAAUAAUUCUUUUUACCGAAAUGAGUUUUCAAGUUUGCAAGACAGAAGGAGAUAACCUCGCAAUAUUUUCGAGUUUGUUUCUUUGUCACCUCGGUAAACCUAGCUAUAAAUGUGGUGAAAUCAUAAUGAAUAGUACAUUGGUGGAAAACGCCAUUUUGAAAAUUGUAAUUUUCUAAUUUCUAAUUUUCCUAACGUCAUAUGUUCCCAGAGGUUCUCGUUCAUUGUUAAAACAGCUAAAAGUUUUGCGGGCCAACCUCCAUGUCAACCAGCAAAAAAUGUACGUACCCUUGUACAUUGUACAAAAAAUGUACAUACCCUUGACUGUUUACCUGUGGGACUAAAUUUAUACUCAACUUUUCGACUUAACUCUCGUCCGACAUAGUGAGGACCAUCCCCCUAAUUUGUAAGAAGUAAUAUUUUUUUAAUUAAACAAUAAUGAAGGAG